GCUGCUCCCUUUAUAUAUUCCAUUCCCCGACCUUCGACUGUUUCAUUUCGGCCGCCGAAGAGGGAACAGGGAUGAUUCCCGCAGAUUCAUUCCCCGACGAUCCCCUCCAGCUUCCUCUCUUCAACUCCAACUCCCCGUACCACCAGCCCCACUCCCAGCUCCAGAUGCCCGCCGCAAACAGCUACCUAGGGCGCAGUGCAUCCCUCGGGAGGAAGAAGGAUCCCUUCGCAUACAGGAGCGACGAUGUUGAGAGUGGCUUCGGAAACAUGGACAUCAUCGAUCCUGGACAGCAACAACCGCAGCAACCAGGCUGGGGAAGUUACGGUUAUGCGCAGGCUGGGUACAGAGAUUCAGUUGUUUCACCAAGAAGCGGUGGAUAUCAAAACAUGGUUAAUCAAUCCUCUAUGAAUCCACUUCCUGUCCCAUCCCACAACCUUUCGCGCCCGCCUCCAGCAGUGCCGGAGCACCCCUCGCCUACCACCAAAGCCGCGAACAACGCAUACAUUCCGGCACGUUCUUCCGAUCCCGGUCCUUCUGUCACAGACAGAUCCAAUUCGUACUCCCACUCUCCGGGAACCUCUGCCAUUGAUCCAUAUCACCCAGGCGCAGCCGGUGCAUCACAAUGGACAGAAUAUCGCCGACCGUCGAUAAAAAGCCGGAUGCCAUCAUCAAGCUCAUACGCUUCCAGGGGAAGUGACGGCUUGAGCCCGUUCAUAUCUCCUGGUACACUUGAUACUAAUGUAGGAGUGGGCAGUCCCGGUCACUCGCCGUUGCUCAACCCGAAUGACAUACCGCAUGCCGGGUGGUCAAGCCCCAGUAUGCCUCACAUCCAACCUCCUUCUCCGAGAAAUUAUGCACCUCAGUCCACUGCAACCAGACCUCAGGCGUCGCCUGUAGGUGGGCGUCCUCCUCCAACGUCGUCGCGACCGUUAAGUAUUGCUGCUUCUCAAACCCAGGGCCAAACUCUCUAUCCAGCCAGCCAGCCGACAACGCCUCAGUCUAGGUACGAUCCGAACAUGCCACCUCCUCAGACUAUACCAUCCCGUUCCGGUGCAGGGUCAGCGGUCGACAGGAGAAGCUCAAGUGCAGUUAGCAAGAGGGAAGAAGAGUUUAGAGAUAUCAGAGGAUUGGCUGACUUGCGGGCUGUGGUCAAUGCGCUUCCUAAUGGACGUCGAGCGGAUCCUGAUGCGCCAGGGAAAUACUUGAGCCCUCUUAAAUGCCUUACAUCAUCUCUUCCCGAAACCUACACCCUCUGCAACCCUUCCUUCCGUUAUGUCACGUCUGACAACCCUCGUCGUGUUCUUACGAAACCGAGUAAACCAGUGCAUAACGAUGGCGCGGAUAAUGAGGAUUGGGAUUACAUUCUGUAUGUGAACGAUGUACUUGGUGGGGAAGAUGGGAGGGAUCGGUACUUGAUUCUUGAUGUGUUGGGUCAGGGUACGUUUGGGCAGGUUGUCAAAUGCCAGAAUAUGAGGACGCACGAUUUGGUGGCGGUUAAAGUUGUCAAAAAUAAACCUGCUUAUUUGCAGCAGAGUAAGAUGGAGGUGGCGAUCCUUGAGCUACUGAACACUCAACACGACCCGCAAGAUCGACAUCACAUUCUCCGCAUGCACGAUUCGUUUACUCACAAGCACCACCUUUGCCUGGUGUUUGAAUGUCUCUCGUCGAAUCUGUACGAACUUAUCAAACAGAACCAAUUCAAGGGGUUAAGUACUCAAUUGGUCAAGGUGUUUACUCAGCAACUGUUGGAUUGUCUGUCAGUGUUGAAGGACGCGAGGUUGAUACACUGCGAUUUGAAACCGGAAAACAUUCUGCUUAAAUCGCUACAAUCGCCACAAAUUAAAGUAAUCGACUUUGGCUCAGCAUGCCAUGAAAUGCAAACCGUUUACACAUAUAUUCAAUCCCGAUUUUAUCGUUCGCCCGAAGUCCUGCUGGGUCUACCCUACUCGACCAGUAUCGAUAUGUGGUCUUUGGGAUGUAUUGUUGUAGAGUUGUUUUUAGGGUUGCCGCUGUUCCCUGGAACGAGCGAGUAUAAUCAAAUCAGUAGAAUCGUGGAUAUGCUUGGAAACCCACCAAGCCACCUUCUCGAAGUUGGUAAACAAACACACGAAUUCUUCAACAUCACUCCCGACGCCUAUGGUCGGAACACCUACAAGCUCAAACCCAUGCAGCAAUACUCUAUGGAACAUAGGACGGACGAGCAGCCGUCUAAACAAUAUUUCAAGCAGACCAAGUUGAAGGAUGUGAUCAUGGAAUAUCCUUAUGCGAAAAAAAGUGCCAAGCAGAGUGAUAUCGAUAAAGAAAUGGCAACGAGAAGAAGUUUUGUGGACUUUGCUGAGGGUUUGUUGAAUAUGGAUCCGAUCAAGAGGUGGUCUCCUCAGCAAGCAUUGAAGCACCCGUUCAUUACUGGCGAAAAAUGGACUGGUCCAUGGCAGCCUGACGCAACUACCACCGCCAAGAAACUCCCAGUGUCAUCAGCCGAAUCCUCUCCAUCCACUUCGACCCCUUCCAAAAAGUACGGCGGCCUUGUCCAAAGUCCUCCCUCUUCGCGAUCUCAACGUAUCUAUUCGGAUGCCGCGGCUUAUAAUCAGCAACUUGCGCAGCAUCAGUCAUAUACUGCUCAAGUGCAAGCACAGCAGAACGCUCAGAGAGCAGGGCCGUUCUCAUCUGGUUACGAUAUAGCGCAGGCGCAGGCCCCAGCACAUACACACGCUGCAGGCGGUGGUGGGGGAGGAUCAGGAUAUGGACACCAAAGAGUCGUCAGUCAACAGAUGCCUUCAACGGCAUCGCAUCAUCAUCAUGCGCAACAGAGACAGCCUUCGGGCCAAUGGGGUCAGCAGGUGGCUCCUCCAUCGUCUGCGGGUUACCAACAGCGUGGUCCAUCGGUCAACAAUUCUGGUUCGCACGCUUCCCUCCGCCAACCUCCCAGUAAUGUCCCCGUCAUCUCCAACCCUCCUCCCAACUCGUAUUACCCGGCUUCUCGUCAUCGUGCAAAUACGAUCAACCAAAUGGAUGCUAUCCCUCCUGCCCUCGCACGGCUGGUGCAUUUCGGUGCUCAAGAUCCGAACGGUUCUCGAAACUCGUUAACGCCAGUGUUGAACCGUGAUGAUGCGAUUAGGGAAUGGGAGAGGAGGCAGCAGGGUGGGCACAGUAAGCAGUCAUCAUUGCACAAUGCUUCUUACCCACAACUGGAAUAUCUGCAAGAGCAGGCAGAGCUAGCGGCGAUGCAGGGGCAGAAUUGGAUGAUGCCCGGGCCAUAUCCUCCGCACCAUGGGCGUGGACAUGUUCACCGAUCUUCACUUGGCGAACAAUCUCACGGCCAUGGGCACAGAACAAAUCCUUCAGGGCAAUACCAAAUGCAGCCUCACAUCGGUAUCUCCCCAUCGAACGAUUAUCGACCCCGACCCACAAGUGAGUACGACCCUCCAUCGUCUACUUCAUCCGCCAGAGGAUACGGUUUACCCACAUACCCUCCUCUUGCGGCGACGACGAGCCACCCCCCUGGCGGGAGUGUUAGCGGCGCAGUCGGGACUGGGCAGGGAGUGUUUGAUGCGUUUGAUGGACGCGACGGAGGAAUGGGAAUGUUAUAUACUCCUCUCCAGCCUAAUCAAGCUUACGGGUACCAAGGGCAUGCGGGGCAGCAUGGGCAGGGGCAUGCGACUCGAGCGAGUUAUUCGGGACCGUAUAGCUCGAGUAAUCCGUUUGCAAACCAACCCAACAGCCCAAGGUAUUAAGUGGGGUAUAAAUAAGUGAAUGAAGGAGUAGCGUGAGAGAUGCGGAGGGGAGGAAAAUGUAGAAUCAAGCAUUUAUUGACGGCGUACGAGAUAGUUUAAGAAAAAAGGUUCACUUGGCAUCGUCUAGUGAAUACCUGACGAAACAUGUUCCAGAUAUCUUUUUUUUUUACUUUUCCUUUUCUUUUUUUUUACGUCUGAUAGUAGUAACGAAACUGUGGAAUCUCACGAAAGAACGCUAGCUAGCCUAGUCGUCGCUACCUCAUAUAUGCAUGUGUUGAAGGAAA